AUGACAGUAUUCUUUGAGCCAUGCCAAAAGCUGACAAAAGUUCCCCCUCAUUCGAACCAGAACUUUCUCUUUCGAAGCAAAAAAAUUCGGUUUGUGCUUUUUGAAAAUCACGUAUUCUUUUUCCAGUCACUGACCUUGCUUCAUUAUCUUUUGAAAAAUGGCAGUGAACGGGUGAUAAAUAAUGCACGUGAUCAUUUGUUCGAAAUGCGUGCGCUCGAGUCCUAUAAAUAUAUCGAUGAAAAAGGAAAGGAUCAAGGACUGAAUGUGCGACAUCGAGCACAUCUUUUGAUCGAGCUGAUUCAGGAUGACGAUCAGCUAAAAGCAGAGCGAAAAAAAGCGAAAUCCGAAAACAAAGAGAAGUAUCAGGGAUUUUCGAAAGAUGACAUCCGUUUGGGUUUUAAUGAACAGAAUUCUUUUGGUUCGUUUUUUUUUUUUUUGGAAAAAUCGCUUUUGUGA